AAAUAAACUUAAGUCAUUUUCUAAUAUUUCGCCUCGUCCACAGAGGAUACUGUUACCACGCGCGUUUCUCCUUCGUCCGUCUGCCUUGUGCCUUGUUGAGCGGUGGCUCCGUGCGGGCACUCCUUCAUACAUAAACACAUACAAACAUAAAAGGCAACAUAUACAUAUAUGAAUGUGUGAAAUUGUGUGUGUGCAUGCGUGUGUACUGAAAUCUUUUCGCGGUUCAAUUGAUCGCCUUCGAUACGCGAACUUUGUUUGCCAAUCGCGCACUUUACGGUCCAUCGAUCGAUUCAGUUCGCUUUCAUCCACGGCAUUGUGCGUUUAUUAAAGUCGCAAAGAAACGCUUGAAUUUCAUUAACCAUCCAGAAUCAAAUAAAUUUAAUAUUUCCGAUGAAUAAAGGAGGCAACAGCAAAAAACUUUUAUAAUUAUAUUAUACGUAUAAUCAGUGCAAAAAAGCGUGUUUAAUCUAUUCAGUGUUGUUACGUGAAAAUAAAGUGUUGCGCAGUUGCAAGCCUUACUUAGUAGCAACUACUUAAUUGAGCGAGUGAACUAUUUUAACCAGUGCAUUACUUUUACGUUACGUAAAUACGUAAAAUUACAUACUUGCAUAUAUCUACACAUAAAAGACGGCAGUUUGGUACUCAAGAGCGGCAUAGCCAGACCUUAUUGCAUUACAUUUUGGAUUAACGUUUUCAUCGUUGUUGCAGUAAAAUUCAAACAAAUAAUAUGAAGUUCUUCGCAAUCAUCUUUUCACUUGCCUUGUAUGCCUUCGCAUUGGCGCACUCGUUGGCGAUAGAUACGAAUGUCAAGUGUCAAAUGAAUUGCGAUCUGCAGGACUAUAAACCGGUCUGUGGUACAGAUGAUGCUGGCAACACGAAAACCUUCAAUAAUUUGUGCAUUCUGAAGACAGAGAAUUGCCUGCGACAUCUUUCAUUCCAGAAAACUGCCGAUGGUGUAUGUCCAUAGAUGCUAAUUAUUCACAAAAAAAAAAAAAAAACGAAGAAACAGUACCAACUUCUAAACAUCAGUGAUCCGGUUCUAAUAAUUAACAAUUAAAUUAGUUAAUAAAUUAAGUGCAAAAUAUGUAUGUCAAGCAAUUUUAUCGUUUUAUUGAUUAACUGAUACUUUUCAUAAGCACAUUUUCAUCUCAACAUUUGGCACACCCAAAUAUGACAUCAAUAUAAAUAUACUAUAUAUUACAAGAUCUAAUUAAAAUAGAUUAUGUAUUUUUGGGAAUUUUACAAUAAAAACAAGUUAUAUAUAAUAUACCGGCAUCGGCAAGGCAAGUCUAGCGCCGCCCUUGAUCCUGUAUGUCGCACCCGACAAUGUUCUAGAUUUCAAUAUGUAAAUUUUGGAAUUGCGAUUUUGCCAUUCAAGCGGCCGCCGUUGGUUACAAUGUAGUCCUAAGUGGUAUUUGUGUGAUAUUCUUAAGUUUUGAUUUGGAAAAGUCGUACAUUUACUGUAAAAUUGCAUGUAUAGAAAUGUAAAAAAUAAAAUAAAAUUAUACAAAGUACAUUAUGCAAAAAUUUCCA